AUGGGACAAACUAUGGGCAGAAUGCCUGAAACGUGGGAUGGUCUUCUGGAAGAGAAAGACCGUGUUUUACAUUGGAGUUCCGAAGUGUUGGCGAGAGUGCAAGAUAAUGUUAGAAACGAGGAUACGUUCUUGAUGGAUUAUGAUGAUAACGUAAUUAAUGCCAAGGUUGACACGUGGAUUAAAACUAAUCGAACACGAGUUGAUGAGACAUUUAAAAAAUUUCCAUACGCGUCAGAUCAGCUAAGAAAUACAGUUAACACCGGAAUAGAAAAGCUUGCUGACGAAAUGCGAGCAAAAACGAGGAAAAAUUACCGGGAUGCAUACAGUGAUAUUAAGAAGUUCAAUAAGAAAGUGGAUCAAUUAGGUAUAGAUGAACGAAAAAUUCACGCCGAAAUACAAAAUCUGGAGGGCAACAUUCAAAAAUUCCAAAAGAAAUUUGGACCAUUGCGAUUAAAAGUUUUUGACAAUUUGAGAACCGGCGAGAAAAUGAUGUUCCAAGAUAAAAGACUAAAAAGCGAUUUUACGAAAAAAGUUUAUGAUAUUAAUCACAAAAACUCUGCCGAGUGCAUAAAACGGAUCGAUAGAUUGCUUAAAAAUUUCGAAAAACAGGCACCAAAAGAAGGACCAUAA